AUGCCUGUUGAUGCGCCUCUUGUUCAAGCAUCUGAGGGCGACGACAAUUACUGGACCAAUGCUGUGGAUACGAGGGUGAGCGAUUUACAGCCCGUAAAUACAGGCACUAUGGCCGUGGUCAGGGCAACUUCUGAUGCACAUGCCACUACAUCAGUCACCAGGCCUGCAUCAUCAACCCUCAUGAAUAACUCUUUGCCUGCUGCGAAGCCUCUGCCGUCAGUGUACUCCACCUCGCCAGUGCAAUUUGUGAAGGACUCAAACAGCUCCAAUCCGGCCCCGCAUGGGCCAUACGCUGUUGGUAGUACGAGUCCAUGGAGUCAGUCCGGCAGAAACCCUGCCUCACAUGUCACUGCCACCCAGCAGGACCUCCCAGCACCUGAUGCGGUCAUUCUGCAACUGCUCGACAUCUUCCGUCAAUCGAUGAUGGACUACAAUCCCGCCAUCUCCUUGCUCGACUUCGAAGACACAGCAACACUUCUCAGCAGACACCGCAAUUUCGUUGUAUGUGUUGCGUACGUGACCGCGAGGACCGUUCCCGGUGGAUCAGCCAUUCGUGACCGGCUCCUCCCAUGUGUGAUCAACCUUGUUCAAAGCCUCGUUACCGAGCAUCUGCCCAACGAUACGGAAGAAGGCCUGAAAACACUCCAGGGCCUGCUGCUCCUAUAUGCCUACUGCGAGAUUCCCUCGGCGACACAGUACCGUGACUCGCAGGCAGAUCCGGCACAAGAGCCACUUUUCUGGCCGCUGAAAAGCUUGAUAGAGUCUUAUGCACAACGUCUACGUUGUCACAGAGCAGUCGACUCACUUCGGGAAUCCAUCAGAGCCAGGCAGGAUGGUAUAGCCACCAGUACAGACUUCAAAAUGUACAGUGCUUGGGUAUGGCUUUUCACUAUGUCUCAUUACAUCUCACUAGUCACAGCUACACCACCGAGUAUCCGCGCUGAUGCUUCUCUCAGAGCGGCCAGCCGUAUCCUUCGCCAGCUGGAUCAAUCUGCACGAGUGCAAUGUCUUGCUGCAGAGCUUGACAUUGCGUUGAUCUGGGAAGAUCUGCGAGGCCAAGGCUACGACAUUGCCGAAUGGUGGUGUCUUCCAGAAAUCGCCACUGACUAUGCGACAGGCCCUCGCCAGAACGUCAGCAGAAUUGCUCUGGAGCGAUUGGACGAUCUAGGCAGUCGCUUGUCAUCCACUACAAGCGACAGCUUCAAUGGGGUUCGGGUUGAUUACCAUGUACGAUUUGCUCGGUUUUGCAUUCAGUCCUACGAAGUUCGAAAUGCUACAGCUGCGGAGCCUCCGGCGCCGAUGAACAUCAAGGCCCAAGCAAUAAGAAAUUGUUUAGAAGCUGCCAUGGCAAUCGUUGACUGGAUACUCGCCGUGGAUCUUGGCAAACGCGACAGUCUCCGCUUUGCCUCCGACAGCUCGCACAUCAUGACGGCUUUGUGCUGUCUGUUCACGCUGCAGAGCCUGCAAACAUUCUCUGCAUUGGGAUUGAGCCUUGCCGACGCAAAGCACCGGUUGGCCAAAGUAAGAGAGGUUGCUGAGAUCGAGAUGGGGAUCUUCUUCGUCAACCAUGGACCUUAUCAUUACUUCAAGCAUACCAUCGAAUAUGCCGGCACUAUUGAGCAAGCAUUGAAUGUGGCAGUGUCCAAAGACCUUACACAUGAUAGUGACGGACGGAGGCCAUCCGAAGUCUCGACGCUUCCUUCACCGGCAGACAACUUAACCACCAUCAGCGAGACCGCAUGGUUCCCAUAUGUCGAUUCUGACGAUUUCUAUCUGUUCGAGAAUCUGUGGGAUCCUAGCACGAUAUUUCCUGUGGAGAGCCUAAAUCGCACGACUCAUGCUAGGACUGUCAGGCCAGUGGCCAGUGGCUGGUAA